UUAAGCUCUCUCUCGCCAGUGCCUCCUUGCCUUUUCCCGUUUGCAAACUCUUCUCUGCGGGGAACCCAGAAACAACAUGUCUACCACCAUGGCCCCAACAUCUGCAAGGCAGCUUUCUCCUAAAGAAGCCGACAUCCAGAUGAUGUUGGCCGCCGAGGUCCAUCUCGGUACCAAGAACUGUGAUUUCCAAAUGGAGCGUUACGUUUUCAAGCGUCGCAAUGACGGAAUCUACAUCAUUAACCUUGGCAAGACCUGGGAGAAGCUUCAACUUGCUGCUCGCGUAAUCGUUGCUAUCGAGAAUCCUCAGGACAUCAUUGUCCAAUCCGCAAGGCCGUAUGGUCAGAGAGCUGUACUGAAAUUCGCACAAUACACUGGUUGUCAUGCAAUUGCUGGAAGGCACACUCCUGGUACAUUCACUAACCAGAUGCAAACAUCUUUCAGUGAGCCUCGUCUUCUUAUCCUCACAGACCCGAGGACUGACCACCAGCCUAUCAAGGAAGCUGCUCUAGGAAACAUUCCCACCAUUGCCUUUUGUGAUACCGACUCACCAAUGCGAUAUGUUGACAUUGGUAUCCCUGCUAACAACAAGGGAAAGCACAGCAUUGGUUGCCUUUUCUGGCUGUUAGCAAGGAUGGUUCUUCAGAUGCGCAGCACAAUUGCUCCUGGACAGAAGUGGGAUGUGAUGGUGGACCUAUUCUUCUACAGGGAGCCUGAGGAAGCUAAAGAGCCAGAAGAUGAAGAAGCUGUUGCUGCCCCUGAUUAUGGACUCCCUGCUGCAGAUUUUGGUAUGGGUGCUUUAGCAGCUGACCAAUGGCCAGCACAAAUAGGUGAUCAAUGGUCUGCUGAUAUGGUUCAGGCACCUAUUUCUGGUGUCCCUGCUGCUGUUAACUGGGGUGACCAAGUUGCUGUUGGAACCGACGGGUGGGAUGCUGCAGCUGCUCCAGCACAAAUCCCGGGUGCACCCGUGAUGUCACGGCCCCUGCUCCCACAGGUUGGGAAUGAGAGGGAUUUAUGUUAGGUUUUUGACAAAAUGUUUGUUUUUAAAACUAGCCAUUUUGAACUUUGUUAUGAUAACUAUGGAAUUGUGUGUUUUUGGCUCAAUUU